AUGGCCGCCUUCUCCUGGUCAGACUCCGUCCGCGCCCUCCUCUCGCCCUGCCUCGCCUGCAUCCGCCCACCGCACCCGCACCCGCGCCCGCACCCACACUCGCACUCACACCCGCACGACCUCGAGGGCCUCCUCGCGGACGCAGCCAGCUCCUCCGCCUCCGCCUCAACAUCUCUUUACGCGGAUGCAGACGCAGACGCAGACGCGGACGCGGACACAAUGUCGCUCCACUCGCACCUCGGCGCGCGGAAGAAGAAGAAACAGAGGAAAGCGCACGGGAGGCGCAUCAGGCUCUUCGGCUGGGACCUCUUCGGCAGGCCGCCGAUAUACCUCCCCGACGACGAGCACGAGCACGAGCACGAACACGACGAACACGAACACGACGUGGACGACAGGGAAGAGCAGCGCAGGAGCCACAGGCGGCGCGCGACGCUCUCCUCGUCGACGCUCGACUCGGACGCCGCGCCGCUCGACCCGUCCGCGAUCGAGGCGCGCCUCGGCGAGCACGCGCGCGAGGCCGCGCGGCGCAGGCGCGAGCAGGAGGAGCACGAGGAACGGGAGCGGGGGGUGCGCGAGGAGCGGGAGGCGCGGAGGGCGGAGAGGAGGGAGCGGAGGGCGGCGAGGCGCGCGGCGCGGGAGGGCGCGGGGGGCGGUGGGGCCGGGUUGGAGGGCGUGGGUGCGUUUGAAGGGUUUCAGGGGAGCGGGGGCGAUGCGUUCGACCGCGCGCGCGCGGGCUCGGUGUCGCGCUCCAACUCGCACUCCAACUCGCAUUCCAACUCACACUCACACUCAAACUCACACUCGCACUCGCACUCGCACUCGCACUCACAUCCAACCCCAAACCCCGAAGCACCCGACGCCGACGCCGACGACGACGCCAACGCCGACUUCGACGCGCGCGCGUACACGCGGCGCGCCCCCGCUGGCCCCCUGAGCCCCGACGGCACGGGCACCGGUGGCACAGGCGGCACGGGCUCCUCCUCCGCCUCCUCCGCCUCGCGCACCGGCGCCGCGCCGCGACACUAUAACCACCACUACCUCUCCCAGCCGCAGCCUCACCCACAGCCGCACCCCGAUCCACAACUCGCCGCCCCCGCGCCUGCACCAGCGCGCGCCCACAGGCCCUCAAGACCCUCCAAGUCCUCCAAGUCCUCCUCCUCCAAAAAAUCAACCGCCUCGUCCACUUCCGCGUCCGCGUCGGCGUCCGCGUCGGCGCCCCAGUCCCCGAGCCUCGCCUCCCCCGUCGCAUCGCACUUCCCCGCCCUCGGCGUUGGCCUCGUCCUCGAGGGAGACGAGGAGCCCGCGUUCGAGGGGUUCCCGAACGACAUGACGGGCUUUCCUAGCGCUCGUAUCGGUGGAGGCGGGGCCGGCGCGGGUGGGCGCGGGUUUCCGAGCGUUGGGUUUGGCGCGGGAGGGGGAAGAGGCGGGGGCGGGGGCGGGGCGAAGAGGGAUGGGGGGGCGUUUUUGGCGAAUCGGGGGGAUUGA